CUUAUUCACACCAUUGUAUAUGUAAAAAAUAAAAAUAAAAUAAAAAAAGACUGUGGAUAAAUUAAUACAUACAAUAAAUAAUUAAAUGUCAUUAUGUAGCAUCAGAGUGGGUGGUAGAUGGGUUGGUCAGUCUGAUCCAACACUGUAUAAAUGAAAGGACAGUAAGUAGAGCAGAACAAACUCCUAACAGGAGGAGACUCACACAUGACCUAUGAGAGAGAGGAUCUUGAGAUUCAAUACUGCUUUCCUGCCAUCAACUCAUCAUGUAUCAAGGGAAAACACUCCAGUCAUGAAUCAAAUAUCAUGUAUGUGUUUUUUUCAUUGCUGUCAGCAUGGACUGUGUUUCUGAACCUGCUGGUGAUCAUCUCCAUCUCUCACUUCAAGAAGCUUCACACUCCAACCAACCUGAUCAUUCUCUCUCUGGCUGUGGCCGACAUGUUUGUUGGGCUUAUUGUCAUGCCUGUGGAUGCCAUCAAGCUAAUUGAGACAUGUGGGUACUUUGGAGACACUUUCUGUGACAUGUUUAUAAUAAUCAUGGGACUGCUCAUCUCAACAUCUAUGUGUAAUUUAGUUUUAAUUGCUGUCGAUCGUUAUGUGGCUUUGUGUCACCCUUUAUUGUACCCACAGAAAAUAACAAUGACUAAAACUUUAAUAAGCAUCUGUCUCUGCUGGUUUUUCUCCUCAACUUACAAUAUUGGCUAUUUAGUUGGUGGCAGAUAUUUUGAAGCUUCCCAAAGAUCAGAUGAGUGUUAUGGAAAAUGCUAUUUAGUAAUAAGUUUUUCUUGGAUAUUCAAUGACCUUUUCUUUUCCUUCUUGUUACCUUGUACCCUGAUUAUAACUUUGAAAUCUGAGCGCAAAUCUGCUCUGACAUUAGGAAUCAUUGUCACAGUUUAUCUGCUUUGUUGGAUUCCGUACUAUAUCUGUUCUAUGUCAGUAAUCGGUUACCUAAUCACUUCCGCAACCAUAAAUGGUUUGACAUGGGUCUUGUAUAUUAACUCAGGUCUAAAUCCUAUGGUCUAUGUUUCAUUUCACCCCUGGUUUAAAAACACAGUUAAAUUCAUCUUAACACUGAAAAUAUUUCAGCCAGCAUCCUGUAUGGUCAAUAUUUUAACAGAACAUCAACUGUAG